GACUCGCCCUUCUUCUUCUUCUUCUUCUCUUCACAGCCUUUUCCUGUUUUUUUUUUUCUUUUCUUACCCGGAUUUUCUGUUUGUAUAGUGAGAAAAUUUUUGACUACCGAAGAAGCAGAGAAAGUUGCAAAUGGCGGUUGCAAACAAGUGGGCUUACGCUUCUUUAGCUCUUCUGUUUUUGCUUCUUAUCGGAGCAAUGGCCGUUGUACAGAUCGGCAACGCUUCCAGCAAUGUGGAGACGGAGAAGGUGCGGAGCUCGAAGAACUCAACAAUGGCAGCUAGGUCAGAAGAGGUUGAGCCACUGAACCAGAAUGCGGUUCCUGACCCAGAGGCAGUAGCAGCCGAGAUCGAAUCCAUCAUUGACAGGAGUAUUCGCAAUGUGACUGAAAGGAGGGAGUUGGGGUUCUUCACGUGUGGAACCGGUAACCCCAUCGACGAUUGCUGGCGUUGUGAUGCAAAUUGGCAGAAGAACCGGAAGAGACUUGCUGAUUGUGGCAUUGGUUUUGGAAGGAAUGCAAUUGGUGGGCGUGAUGGACGUUUCUAUGUUGUCACCGACCCUAAUGAUGAUGACCCUGUUAACCCCAGACCCGGUACCUUGCGUCAUGCUGUGAUCCAGGACGAGCCUCUUUGGAUUGUGUUCAAGAGGGACAUGGUUAUUCGGUUGAAACAGGAGCUGAUAGUGAACAGUUUUAAGACGAUCGAUGGUCGUGGGGCCAAUGUACAUAUUGCUAAUGGGGCAUGUAUCACCAUCCAGUUUGUUACCAAUGUCAUUAUUCACGGUCUUCACAUUCAUGAUUGUAAGCCUACUGGCAAUGCCAUGGUGAGAAGCUCACCAUCUCACUUUGGGUGGAGGACGAUGGCUGACGGCGAUGCCAUCUCCAUUUUCAGUUCGAGCCACAUUUGGGUUGAUCACAAUUCUCUCUCUAAUUGUGCCGACGGUCUUGUUGAUGCUGUCAUGGGCUCAACUGCCAUUACCAUAUCCAACAACCACAUGACCCACCACAAUGAGGUGAUGUUGCUAGGCCACAGUGACUCAUACACAAGGGACAAGCAGAUGCAAGUCACCAUUGCCUACAACCAUUUCGGAAAGGGUCUUAUCCAGAGGAUGCCAAGGUGUAGGCAUGGAUAUUUUCAUGUGGUGAACAACGACUACACGCACUGGGAAAUGUAUGCCAUUGGUGGAAGUGCGAACCCAACCAUCAACAGCCAGGGUAACAGAUAUGCAGCUCCAACCAACCCAUUUGCAAAGGAGGUUACCAAGAGAGUGGAGACACCUGCAAAUCAAUGGAAGAGCUGGAACUGGAGGUCAGAAGGAGACUUGUUGCUGAAUGGUGCUUACUUCACUCCGUCUGGGGCUGGAGCCUCAGCCAGCUAUGCUAGAGCGUCGAGCUUGGGAGCCAAGUCCUCUUCCAUGGUUGGGGCCAUGACUUCCAAUGCCGGUGCUCUUCCCUGCCGCCGAGGCAGGCAGUGUUAGUCCAUCUCUCUCCCAACCCAAUUAAAAUGGCUGACAAUCAGCCUUUUCCCAUGAUUCAUA